AUGCCUCUGGGAACGUUCCUCCUUCCUCUUCUCUGUUUCUUGGGAGCAGCAAUUCCACAGGGACUGCAGUAUGUCACGUUCUCGCGCAAUGCUACGAAAUUCCUUCACCUGUCUAUGGACUUGGAAUCCGAGACCAUUUACUUGGGAGCCACCAACUUUCUGUUUCAGCUGACGUCUGACCUGCUGAUGAAGAACAUGGUUCAGACUGGGCCAGUUCUGGACAGUAAAGAUUGCCUCCCCCCGGUCUCAAAGCUGGAGUGCCCUCAGGCACACCACACCGACAAUCACAACAAGCUGCUGCUGGUGAACACGGUGCAGAAGGAGCUCAUUGUGUGUGGCAGCGUGCACCAGGGAAUCUGUGAGAAGAGGAGCCUCACAUCCAUCGACCAUGUCCUCUUCCGACCAGAGAGCCCUGGUGACACUCAGUACGUUGCUGCCAAUGAUCCCAAUAUCACCACUGUGGGACUCAUAGCCUACUCAAAGGACGAGGUGCCCUUGCUGUUUGUGGGACGAGGGUACACUAGCCGAGGAGUUGGAGGAGGGAUUCCUCCCAUCACUACCCGAAAUCUCAGGGCCCACGGCGGGGAUGUUCAAGCAACAGAUUCUCACUCCAUUUUCUCCUAUGAAGAAACGGCAAAACUGGCUGUGGGCCGGCUCUCUGAGUACAACCACCAUUUCAUUAAGUCCUUCACUUACCGCUCAAGUGUCUAUUUCCUAUUCUACCGUCGGGACCUCAAGUCUCAAUCACGUGAGUACAAGACCUACAUCUCGCGAAUCUGCCUGGAUGACUCUCAUUAUUACUCGUACGUGGAGUUACCUCUGCUCUGCCAGAGCAAAGCCAAUACGUACAGCCUCCUGCAAGCAGCCUAUGUCACCCAGCCAGGAGAAGGCCUGGCCCAGGGGCAGCUGGACACCGAGGGAGAAGUGCUGUUUGCAGCCUUCUCUGCCUGGCAGGCUUCUUCUGGCAAACUGAGCGAGGAGUCUGCGCUCUGUGUCUACGCAAUGGAGGAGGUGGAUCGCCUGACCAACUGGACUAGGGAUGUUUGCUACAUGAGAGAUGGGAAGUCAGAAGAAGGGACCGAAGUGGCGUAUAUUGAAUACGAUGUCAGUUCCAACUGUGUCCAGCUGCCAGCGGACACCCUGUAUGCAUACCCCUGCGGCUCUGACCACACUCCCAGCCCUAUGGCCAGCCGGGUACCCUUGGAAGCAGCCCCCCUCCUAGAGAAAACAGAGGCCCGUCUGACAGCUGUGGCAGUGAAUGUGGAAGAUGGCCACACCAUUGCUUUUCUGGGAGACAGCAGAGGGAGACUGCACAAGGUGUACUUGGGAGCAAUGGGAGAUGCACAUAUAUAUGCUUCUUUAGCUAUCCAGUUAAAUAGCAUGGUGAGUGGAGACCUGCUGUUUGACUCGCUGCAGGAGCACCUCUUUGUCAUGACCCAGUCAAUGGUGGUGAAGGUUCCCAUACUGGAAUGUUCCCUGUACUUGGACUGUGAAUCCUGCCUGGCGCUGAAAGAUCCCUACUGUGGCUGGUGUGUCCUUCAGGGACGGUGCAGCCGUCGCUCUGAGUGCUUGCGGUCCAGGUUGAGUGAGCAGUGGCUCUGGAGCUUUAACUCUACGCAGCAGUGUCUGUCUGUUCAGUCACUAACUCCAGCCAAUAUCAGCAGAGAGGAAAAGAGAAAUAUAUUCCUGGCUAUCUCGGACUUACCUUCUCUGCGUGAGGAAGAAUUUUACUCGUGUUACUUUGAAGAUUAUGAAAGCCCAGCAGUUCUGACAGAGUCAGGAAUCAUGUGUCCUUCUCCAGAUCCCAGCCAAGCACCAGCUUUGCCAACAGGAGCAGAUCAUGUCACCAUAAAGCUCGUAGUGCGUUUCCAUGACAUCUUCAUUGCUUCUGUGGACUUCUCUUUCUAUGACUGUGCUGCAGUGGCCCUGCUGUGGACAUCAGCACCGUGUCAGAAGUGUGUGAGCAGUCUCUGGGGAUGUAACUGGUGCAUCCAGCAGCACCUCUGCACCCACAAAGCAGCCUGUGAAGAAGGAACCAUUAUUUACAAUGAAAGGGCCCAGAUCCCAACCUCAAGUGUGUUUCCUUCUUCAGCAGCUCCCCUCACCCAGUCCUCUACCACAGCCCCAACUGUGGCCACAAAACCCAUCACUCCCCCGGUGCGUGUGGUACCGAGCACUGUGCCCCCCACAGAGCCCAACCACAUCACGCUCUCCGCAGCCUCAGAUACAACCACUGAGCCUACAGAAACCCUCAGCUAUACAUACUUGACUCUCUCAACCGAAGCAGCCUCUUUCCAGGCCGUCACAGAAUCCCCUCUACCACCGCCAGCAGACAAACCUGCUGUCACUGCGCCAGAGAUGACAACUUCUGCUGCAUCUGUCCUCACCAGCCCAUCCAAAAACGUGGAUCAUGCAGCCUUGCCCACUGAAGGGCCAGCCACCGUCCAGGAGCCACGGCACACCGACCCACCCACCACCCUAGUGGGUAGCCCUCUGCACACAUCUGCAGCAGCAGUAACACCUUCCCCUCAUAUCACCAGUUUCAAGUGGCCUCCGAGUUCUUUUCCUACCACAGAGGCACUGACAUCUGCCAUCCCAUCUCCCCAAACCCCCAGCCAGGUGCCCGGAGGCCCUGAUGACUCUCCCGGAUUGCUGGGAACUGAACUACCUGCUUCAGAGCUCCCACCGUCAGCUCCUCCAGACUGGCUGCUGGAGGAAGGCACGGAGCUCCAGGACACAGAGGACUGGAUGGAUUUGCUGCAGGCUGAGAAUGACACAUCUCCCUUCUCUGCUUCUACUCUUCUGUCGGGUGAUGGCGAUUCUUCGGAGAGGGAUGUCCCUGACUUUCCCAGGAUUCUCCACCCUGGCCUCGACUACCAGUAUGAUGCCCCUGAGUUUUGGGAGGAGAAUGAAGAGCUUAGCUGGGGUCCAGGUGCAUGUCCCUGUGUGCAGGGAAUCCAGGGAUCUUCGCUGUUUCCAGUCAACGUGGCAAGGAAGAUAACCCUGCUGGGAAAGAACUUCCACCUCUAUCAGGACCAGCAGUGGGACUAUGAGUGUGUCCUGAAUUUGGAGGGGAGGACAGUGGUGAUGGAUGCUUAUGUGGAAGGAGAAGAAACAAACCAGUCCAUCUGUUAUAUCACCUGCCAGAUGAACCAGUACAGUUACACAGCGCCUCAACUCGAAUUCAACGCUGUGGUGUUUGUGCAGAGGCGACGACACCUUCGAGUGGACAGUGCUGCAGAUCUUCACGUGACUUUUUACAACUGCUCUGUGGGACACACUGAUUGUAGCCGCUGCCAAACAGCUGACUCAAAGUACAACUGUGUGUGGUGUGGAGGUGACAACCCCAGCUGUAUCUUCAGGGGCUCUUGCAAGGAAGAGAUAGAAGACCUGUGUCCAGCGCCUCUCAUUCACUCUGUGUACCCCCUGUCUGGACCAGUGGAAGGUGGCACUAGAAUCACCAUCACUGGCUCAAACCUCGGGCAGAAACAUCAAGACAUUGCAGAAACUGUCACUGUUGCAGGAAUUCCCUGUGCCGUAGAUGCUCAAGAGUAUGAGAUCUCUAGCAGUAUCGUGUGCGUCACUGGCGGGAGCUGGACAGAGAGAUUUGGGCACAUUGUGGUGGAAGUGCCUGGAGGAGGACGUGGAGUUUCUGGGCAUAUUUUCACCUAUCAGAAUCCAGAGCUGAAAUCCAUUGUUCCAACUCAGGGGCCUAAAGCAGGAGGAACCUGCCUUACCCUUCUGGGCUCAAAGCUGCUGACUGGGCAUCCUAGUGAGAUCAGUGUCCUGCUUGGAGACCUCCCUUGCCACAUCCUCUCUGAGAUGACGGAGGAUCAGUUGGCAUGCCAGACGAGCCCCAGCAAUGUGUCCGCAGAACUCCCAGUCACUAUCAAAUAUGGGGACCAAGAGCGGAGACUGGAAGGAUCCCUCUUCAGAUAUACUCUGGAUCCCAACAUCACUUUUGCAGAGCCGCCUAAAAGCUUCCUCAGUGGCGGGAGAGUGCUCAGAGUUCAUGGAUACAACUUGGAUGUUGUACAGAAACCAAAGAUCCGAGUUACAGUUUCUCCAUCUGAACGCCGGCGCCGAGGACUGGGACGAUGGCGCAGAAUCAUCCCAGACACAGAGUGCCCUGAGGAUGCUCUGUGCAGCGUCCAGCAGUUUGAAGAACCGUGUCUUGUUAACUCCUCCUACCUGAUCUUGUGCAAAACUCCAGCCAUUAACCUGCUGUUGCGGAGCGUCCAUAUCAAACUGGAAUUUAUUCUGGAUAAUCUGAGCUUUGAUUUCAACUCAUUGCAUCCCAUGCCCUUCUCUUAUGAAGUCAACCCCAUCCUAAAACCCUUGAAUGCUGAAGAUCCUGCCAAACCAUAUCGUCACAAGCCAGGAAGCGUCAUCUCUGUGGAGGGGGAAAAUCUAGAUCUGGCUAUUUCCAAGGAUGAAGUUAUGGCUAUGAUUGGGGAAGGAAUCUGUGUGGUGAAGACACUAACAAGGAAUCAUCUCUACUGUGAGCCUCCCUCUGAGCAGCCAGCUCCACGGCACCGCACGAAGCGGGAGGGCACAGACUUGCUCCCAGAGUUCACGGUACAGAUGGGAAACCUGAACUUCCUCCUGGGCCGAGUGCAGUAUGACACAGAAAGCCAGCUCACCUUCCCGCUGGAGGCACAGAUUGGUUUGGGUGUUGGUGCAUCCUUCGUGGCACUGAUUGUUCUGAUCAUCGUCUUCAUAUACAGGAGGAAGAGCAAACAGGCUCUCAGGGAUUACAAGAAAGUUCAAAUCCAGCUGGAAAAUCUGGAAACAAGUGUUCGGGACAGAUGCAAAAAGGAAUUCACAGACCUGAUGACUGAGAUGAUGGACCUCACAAGUGACCUUGUGGGCACAGGAAUCCCCUUCUUGGACUACAAGUCCUAUGCAGAGCGCAUUUUCUUCCCGGGCCACCGUGAGUCACCACUGCAAAGGGACCUGGACAUCCCUGAGUGUCGGCGGCAAACCGUGGAGCAGGGCUUGGUCCAGCUCUCCAACCUGCUCAACAGCAAGCUCUUCCUCACCAAGUUCAUCCACACUCUGGAAAUCCAGCGCACCUUCUCUCCGAGAGACCGGGCCUAUGUGGCCUCAUUGCUCACUGUCUCGCUGCAUGGGAAGCUGGAGUACUUCACUGACAUCCUCAAAACACUCCUGAAUGACCUUGUGGAGCAGUAUGUGGCCAAGAACCCCAAGCUGAUGCUGCGGAGGACAGAAACAGUGGUGGAGAAGCUGUUAACCAACUGGAUGUCCAUCUGCCUGUAUGCGUUUGUGAGGGACUCUGUUGGGGAACCACUUUACAUGCUGUUUCGAGGAAUCAAGCACCAGGUGGACAAAGGGCCAGUUGACUGGGUGACAGGGAAGGCCAAAUACACCCUAAAUGACAACCGCCUUUUGAGAGAGGACCUGGAGUACCGGACUCUGACCUUAAACGCUUUGACGCAAGCAGGAGUUGCUGCAGGAGGGGCAGAGGACUCCCAAGGGAUUUCUGCGAAAGUGCUAGACUGUGACACUAUAACACAGGUGAAGGAGAAAAUCCUAGAUCAGAUCUAUAAAGGGACGCCAUACUGUCACCGACCAGACCCAGACACCCUGGACCUCGAGUGGAGAUCAGGGCUGGCAGGUCAUCUGAUCCUGUCCGAUGAGGAUGUGACAUCUGUUGUUCAAGGAACUUGGAAACGCCUGAACACUCUUCAACAUUACAAGGUGCCCGAUGGAGCAACAGUAGCACUGGUCCCACGCCUGACCAAGCACAUCCAUAGGGAGAAUCAGGAUUACAUCCCAGGAGAGAAAACGCCAAUGCUGGAGGAUGCAGAUGAAGGUGGGAUCAAACUUUGGCACCUGGUAAAACCGACAGAAGAGCCAGAGCUUCCCAAGCAUCGGCGUGGGAGCUUAAGAGAUCGGGAGCGAGCCAAGGCAAUCCCGGAGAUCUAUCUGACACGUCUACUCUCAAUGAAGGGCACUCUGCAGAAGUUUGUGGAUGACUUGUUCCAGGUGAUCCUCAGUACCAACCGCCCUGUCCCUCUGGCAGUCAAAUACUUCUUUGACCUGUUGGAUGAGCAGGCAAUACACUACGGGAUCGCAGACCCUGAGACCAUCCAUAUCUGGAAGACAAACAGCCUGCCCCUGCGGUUCUGGAUCAACAUCAUCAAGAACCCCCAGUUUGUUUUUGAUGUGCAGACGUCGGAUAACGUAGAUGCUGUGCUCCUGGUCAUUGCGCAGACCUUCAUGGACUCCUGUACAAUAGCUGACCAUAAGUUAGGACGGGACUCUCCGAUCAAUAAGCUGCUCUAUGCCCGGGACAUUCCUCGCUACAAGCAGAUGGUGGAAAGGUAUUAUGCGGACAUUCGUCAGACCAUCUCUGCCAGUGACCAGGAGAUGAACUCUGCCCUGGCUGAGCUAUCACGGAAUUACUCAGGUGACCUCAAUUCCCUGGUGGCUCUACAUGAAUUGUACAAAUACAUCAAUAAGUACUAUGACCAGAUCAUUACCGCCUUGGAAGAAGACCCAACGGCACAGAAGAUGCAGCUCGGAUAUAGACUACAACAGAUCGCAGCAGCUGUGGAGAAUAAAGUCACAGAUUUGUGACAGGCGCAGACAGACUGCUCUCCCCUGGCUGAGCGGGGACAGUGCUCGUCCUAACUGUACACAGGGUGUCCUGCUGCCAUUGGAACCAGGCUCUCCAAGGAACCCGCGGGUGACAUGAACAGGGAUGGCCAAGGCAGUACAAAGUACAAGCGUCCUUGCAUCUCAGAGAAUAUUUUUUUACAGUUUUUUCUUUUUAAAAGCAAAACAAAACA